CAUCCGGGUUUCUCCUUUUUGCGUUCCGGUUGAACUCACCUCUCUUUCUCGCCCCUGGACAUCUCCCUCCUUCAGGCCCGCGUCUCUCCCACUCCUCCGCGCGCUGGACUAGCGCGGGCUUCAGUGACGGGAGCCCUCGAGGGACAUGGCAACUAUAGCGGCGCCGGCCGGCGGCGCCCGAAGCGGGGCUGGUCCGGAAUGGGGAGGGUUCGAAGAAAACAUCCAGGGUGGAGGCUCAGCUGUGAUUGACAUGGAGAACAUGGAUGAUACCUCAGGCUCCAGCUUCGAGGACAUGGGUGAGUUGCAUCAGCGCCUGCGCGAGGAAGAAGUAGAUGCCGAUGCAGCUGCUGCGGAAGAGGAGGAUGGGGAGUUCCUGGGCAUGAAGGGCUUCAAGGGACAGCUGAGCCGGCAGGUGGCUGAUCAGAUGUGGCAGGCAGGGAAGAGACAAGCCUCCAGGGCCUUCAGCUUGUACGCCAACAUCGACAUCCUGAGACCCUACUUUGAUGUGGAGCCUGCCCAGGUGCGAAGCAGGCUCCUGGAGUCCAUGAUCCCUAUCAAGAUGGUCAACUUCCCCCAGAAAAUCGCAGGUGAACUCUAUGGACCUCUCAUGCUGGUCUUCACGCUGGUUGCCAUCCUCCUCCAUGGGAUGAAGACAUCUGACACCAUUAUUCGGGAGGGCACCCUGAUGGGUACAGCCAUUGGCACCUGCUUCGGCUACUGGCUGGGUGUCUCGUCUUUCAUUUACUUCCUCGCCUACCUGUGCAACGCCCAGAUCACCAUGCUCCAGAUGCUGGCAUUGCUGGGCUAUGGCCUCUUUGGGCACUGCAUUGUCCUGUUCAUCACCUAUAACAUCCACCUCCAUGCCCUCUUCUACCUCUUCUGGUUGCUGGUGGGUGGACUGUCUACUCUACGCAUGGUGGCAGUGUUGGUGUCACGGACUGUGGGCCCCACACAGCGGCUGCUCCUCUGUGGCACCCUGGCCGCCCUACACAUGCUUUUCCUGCUCUAUCUGCAUUUUGCCUACCACAAGGUGGUAGAGGGGAUCCUGGACACGCUGGAGGGCCCCAACAUCCCGCCUAUGCAGAGGGUCCCCAGAGACAUCCCUGCCGCGCUCCCUGCUGCUAGGCUUCCUGCCACCGUGCUCAAUGCCACAGCCAAGGCUGUUAUGGUGACCCUGCAGUCACACUGACCCCACCUGAAACCCUUGGCCGGCCCCCUCUCCCCCCAUCUUCGGAGCAGAGGAAGAUUAAAGAACAGUAUUGAUGACAUGUGUCUUUUUGAUGGGGUCUGCAGCUGCCUCAGAGCUGUAGCCACUUAAGCAACUCCCUGAUGCCUCUCGGGGCUUCUGAAGGGCACAAGGCCAGGAACCCCUGGCCAGGACUGCAGGGCUCUGCAGCCAGGGCAGAAAGUGGGUCAGCUCCUCUGAGGCCCUCUCUCCACCUACUCCUUCCUUCCUCUUUAACUCUCCCACGGUGUCUUGCUAAAUAUAGACUUGGUAAUUAAAAUAUUGAUUGAAGUUUGGAA